AUGCUCGACCAAACUUCUGCCAACUUUGCAAGCCUCACCAUAACCGCCAACACAACCACAAGCGCAAGUACAACCACAAGCACAACCGCAAGCACAACCACAAACACAGCUGUGCAUAUGGACAUGGAUCCUCUCCAAGAGGAGAGGAAUCAAAAGAACCCCGCUAAAAUCUUUGGCGAAGAAGUUGUAGGAGAGCCUUGUGGGGCGAGAGAAGGAGAACGAGGGGCUCCGGAGGACCCUUGUGGGGUUGAAGCGAGAGGCGAAGGAGUUGGAGGGGCUCCUUCGCCUCUCAACAAUGUUACAUUUCUUCGAGCAGACCGGCUCAUUCUCGGCUCUGCUCGAAUUUGA